AUGAAAUUUGUGAGACUUGAGCCGCCAGUUUUCACUGGUACAGAUCCUAUUGCCGACCCUCAGGACUUUUUGGAGGAAUUUGAGAAAGCUACCACUUUGCUGGGAGUUAAAGACUAUCGGGUGGUUCGAUUGGCAGCCUACCAGUUGAAAGACAUUGCUGACCUCUGGUUCAAAGGGAUAGAGAAAAGUAGACCGGAGGAUGCACCUCCAAUGAUUUGGGCAGAGUUUAAGAAGAUCUUCAUUAAGAAGUGGUUACCAGCGGGAGUGAGGGCUUCCCUUGCAAUAUUAUUUGAGACCUUAAAGCAAGAUACCAUGACAGUCCUAGAGUAUAGCAUCAAAUUUGAGAAAUUAUCUCGUUAUGCUCCCCACCUCAUCCCCACCGAGGAUGAGAAGAUUGACCGUUUUGCUCGUGGCUUGAUUCCGGGCAUUAGAAAAGAUACCGCUAGUGGGAGAAGGAAUACUACCUUUACUGACUUCGUGGAUCUAGAAAUGGAUCUCGAAAAGAUUCAUCAGGAGGAGAGGGCCAACAGGGAGCAAAACAAAAAGGCCCGUACUUUUGGCACUUUCAGUGCAGUGCCUAGUUCAAGCAAGGGGCAGAGCAGCAGAGGGUCAUCUGGUUCACCACAGUCUAGGGUGCAGACAGCUUUCAGUAGUCCUCCAGUGGCAUACAGUUCCGGACAUGGAGACCAGUCUAAGACCGUUCAGAGUGACCACCGUACUGCACAUCAGGCUCACAAUAGUGUGGGUUCUCAUCAGCGUCAGUCUAGUGUUACAAGGGGACCUCGUGGUCCGUUCUAUGGUUGCGGGUUGAUGGGUCAUAUCAGAAAGUUUUGCUUGAAGAGCUCAUCCAACACCUUCUACGACUACUACUCGGUUGCACCACCCCCACCUAGGGGUAAUGGAGCCCAUAGUGGGCGCAAUGCAGGAAAGGUACCGCAGAUAGCUGCCACUUCUCAGGGGACUCAUCCACGUUUCUAUGCCAUGCCUAAUCACCCUAUUGUAGAGGCUUCAGAUGCAGUCAUCACAGGUAUACUUACUGUUUGUACUCUAGAUGCGUAUGCUCUUAUGGAUCCCGGUUCUACUUUUUCCUAUGUUACUCCGUACUGUGCUUUGGAUUUUGGGAUAGAGCAAGAACAAAUACUUGAACCGUUUUCUGUGUCGACUCCGGUGGGAGAUUCUCUUAUUGCCUCCCUCAUCUAUAGGGGUUGUGUGAUUAUAAUUCAAGAUCGAGAGACUACGGCAGAUCUCAUUGAGCUAGAAAUGGUUGACUUUGAUGUGAUCAUGGGAAUGGAUUGGUUAUACAAGUGCUAUGCUAUUCUUGAUUGUCGUGCUAAAGUGGUUAAGUUUGAGUUUCCUAAUGAGUCAGUUCGUGAGUGGAAGGGCAAUGUUGCUAAGCCUCGAAUAAAGGUAGCAAGCAUUCAGUCUGUGCCAAUUGUUAAUGAGUUUCCUGAUAUUUUUCCGGAUGAGCUUCUGGGUAUCCCACCAGAUCGGGUCAUCGACUUUGGGAUAGAUGUGGUGCCAGAUACUCAGCCGAUAUCUAUUCCCCCAUACCGAAUGGCUCCAGUCGAGUUAAGGGAAUUGAAGGAGCAAUUGAAAGAUUUACUGGAUAAAGGGUUUAUUAGACCUAGCGUAUCUCUUUGGGGUGCACCAGUGUUGUUUGUGAAAAAGAAAGAUGGUUCUUUGAGGAUAUGUAUUGACUACAGGCAACUUAACAAAGUGACCAUCAAGAAUAGGUACCCACUACCUCGGAUAGACGACUUGUUUGACGAGUUGCAAGGGGCGAAGUUCUUCUCGAAGAUUGAUUUAAGGUCGGGGUAUCAUCAGUUGAAAAUUCGAGAGAAGGAUAUUCCCAAAACGGCCUUUCGGACCGGCUACGGGCAUUAUGAAUUUUUGGUGAUGUCAUUUGGGCUAACAAAUACACCCGCAGCCUCUAUGGAUCUAAUGAAUCGGGAGAAUGAAUUAUAUGCCAAAUUCUCUAAGUGUCAAUUUUGGCUCGAAUCCGUGGCAUUCUUGGGUCAUGUGGUAUCACGCGAAGGUAUUAAGGUUGAUCCUCAAAAGAUUGAAGCAGUUAAGAGUUGGCCUAGACCAACUACACCGACAGAGAUUCAUAGUUUCUUGGGAUUAGCGGGCUACUAUCGGCGGUUUGUUGAAGGAUUUUCUACUCUUGCAUCUCCGUUAACCAAGUUGACACUGAAAGCAGCAAAGUUUCAGUGGUCGGAUGCUUGUGAGAGAAGUUUUCAAGAGUUGAAAGCUAGAUUGACUAUGGCGCCGGUGUUGGCGUUGCCAACAAGUUUGGGUGACUUUGUGAAAGGUAAGGUUAUCGCUUAUGCUUCGAGGCAGUUGAAGACCCAUGAGAAGAACUAUCCGACCCAUGACUUGGAAUUUGCCGCAGUUGUUUUUGCUUUGAAAAUCUGGCGGCAUUACUUGUACGCACGUUCCUCUCUUAUUGAGCGUGUCAAGGCUAAGCAAUAUGAAGAUCCAAAUUUAGUGAAAAUUCGAAAUGGUGUACAAUCUAAGGAUAUCCUUGCAUUUUCUCUUGAUGUGCUUGGGGUGUUGAAGAUGAACGGUCGCUUGUGCGUGCCAGAUGUCGAUGGGAUUCGUCAUGAGAUUAUGGCUGAGGCACACAGUUCAAGAUAUUCCAUACAUCCAGGGUCCACAAAAAUGUACAAAGACUUGCAGGAGAUCUAUUGGUGGAAUCGAAUGAAGGAAAAUGUUUCAGACUUCGUGGCUAGAUGUUUGCCUCGCACUCGCUUGAAGCAUGACUAUAUUUGGGUGAUUGUAGACCGACUUACAAAGUCGGCGCAUUUCAUACCGCUAAAGAAGACUGACACGGCACCACAGUAUGCUAAGUUGUACUUGAAAGAAAUUGUCAGACUUCACGGUAUUCUAGUUUCCAUUAUAUCUGAUAGAGGGGCCCAGUUUACUGCUCAUUUUUGGCAGUCCUUUCAAGAAGGAUUGGGUACAAGUGUCAAUUUGAGUACCGCUUUUCAUCCACACACUAACGGGCAGGCUGAAAGGACUAUUCAGACGCUUGAGGACAUGUUGUGA